UUUAUCCAAACUGAUACUUUCCAGCUUCUCAAGACCGAUACCGAUAACUUAUUUAUACUUAUUCAUUUAAAAAAUAUAAUUUGUAAAAGGUCAUUUGUGUACGCCGUGGACUAAGCGACUCAAAGAUGGAUUGGACGAACUGGACCUGAUUUGUCCUGACCGAAUACGGCACCGCUUCGAUGAAACAAAAGCUAACAGUUCUGAUUCUCUUCAAACAAACAAAAGAAGAAGAAACCCAGACGGAAUGUCCAGUGGAAUGAUGUCCACCAUCUUAUCUUUGUUGGCUUCCAAGACGCCGUUGUAUCGAUGUUGGCGUUUCAGGUGGCUUGAUAAGGUUUGAUGUGUUCAAGGUUAAUGUCGACUGUUUGGUACCAACGGUAACGUCCCACGUGAUUGACGUUUUGGAUGUGGAGGUGGGCACGUCACGACACGCCGCUUGCAGCCGCAGCACGUCACGGAAAACGACAGUACGAGUAAUCACACCUCGUUUUUUUUUUAAUAAUCGGUUAUUUUUCUAUGGCAUCAAAUUACCAUCAUUUUCCACUCAUAGUUUUUAUUAAUUAUUGCCCAGCCUUUGGUCACAUGACAGAAAUACCAGUGUGUACUUUCAGCGUAGCUUUUUAAAUGUUAGUCCAUACCAGAGUAUCCCACCACCAUUGGCGGAUGAUGAAGAAGGUAAGGCUGCAGCGUCCGCCUCCUCCUCCUCCUCCUCCUCCUCCUCCUUUCCCCACAGUGAAAUUUGACACCGGUGACAUCACACGGUGGGUUUGGCUUGCCCAUGCAGUUGCUGAACAGCCUUUAGUGUGAGAACAAGGGCCGCUCCUGAAGGAUCUCUGCUCUCUCUGCUGGAAUUUGAACACGAGGAAUCGGAAAGCUGCUAUUUUUGAUGCCUUUCUGAAUAAACGGAAUACCGAACGAGCCCUUUAAAGAUUAUUUUCUUCAUUUAAGGGAUAAUCUUUCCUGGAUACAGUUUGGAUUGCCUUUCCCGGGAUUUGGACUUUUUUUUUUUUUUUUUGGAACAAGUGCCUACAAAGUGAAGAGGAAUAAAAAGAUUUAUUCCUUGUUGCCAUGGAUGGGUAAGUGUCAUUUGCCAAGAGAUAUCCGCCUAAUUGAGGUCAAAGAUGGGCUGCAGGUUUUAGCCUUUGAUUGUGUCAGAGUGGGACGCGUCUAGCAGGGGACCGAGGAGGAGGAGGAGGAGGACGAGGCAGCGGUGCCGACUCCAGACAUGGCGCCCCACCCACCCGGAUGGGCGUGGCUCGUCCUGCCCCUGCUCAGCUGCGUGGUGAUGUCCUCAGCGGCAGACAGCCUGCCAACUUUCAUCAAAUCCCCCGAGGACCAGACGGGCAUCUCGGGCGGGGUUGCGUCGUUCGUGUGCCAGGCCACGGGAGAACCCAAACCCCGAAUCACCUGGAUGAAGAAGGGCAAGAAAGUCAGUUCUCAGCGCUUUGAGGUGAUCGAGUUUGACGACGGCUCGGGAUCGGUGCUGCGCAUCCAGCCGCUGCGUACGCACCGCGAUGAGGCCAUUUAUGAGUGCACGGCCGCCAACAGCGCCGGGGAGAUCAACACCAGCGCCAAGCUGACCGUGUUUGAAGAGAACCAGAUCCCCCAUGGCUUUCCCACCAUUGACAUGGGCCCCCAGCUGAAGGUGGUGGAACGGACCAGAACCGCCAUCAUGUUGUGCGCGGCUAGCGGAAAUCCUGACCCGGAGAUCUCCUGGUUCAAGGACAUGCUUCCUGUGGACAUCAGCAGCAGCAAUGGACGCAUCAGACAGCUUCACUCAGGCGGUACACCAAUUAGAGGAGCUCUACAAAUUGAGAACAGCGAGGAGUCGGACCAGGGGAAAUACGAAUGCGUUGCCACCAACAGCGCCGGAACCCGCUACUCGGCUCCCGCCAACCUCUACGUCCGAGUACGAAGGGUCCCGCCCAGAUUCUCCAUCCCGCCCACCAACCAGGAAGUGAUGCCGGGCGGCAGCGUCAACCUGACGUGUGUCGCGGUGGGCUCGCCGAUGCCCUACGUCAAGUGGAUGAUGGGGCUCACGGAGCUGACCAAGGAGGAGGAAAUGCCGAUGGGGCGCAAUGUCCUGGAGGUGACCAGCAUCCGCGAGUCGGCCAACUACACCUGCGUGGCCAUGUCCUCGCUGGGCUUGAUUGAAGCCACGGCUCAGGUCACAGUCAAAGCCCUGCCAAAGCCUCCUACCUCUCUCAUUGUGACCGAGACCACAGCCACCAGUGUGACUCUGACCUGGGACUCCGGCAACCCAGAACCCGUGUCCUACUACAUGAUCCAGUACCGAGCCAAGGCGUCAGACAAUGGCUUCCAGGAAGUGGAAGGCGUGGCCACCACCCGCUACAGCAUCGGUGGACUCAGCCCCUACUCCGAGUACGAGUUCCGCGUGAUGGCCGUCAACAACAUCGGCCGCGGACCACCUAGCGACCCCGUGGAGACGCGUACCGGCGAACAGGCCCCCUCCUCACCGCCCCUGCACGUGCAAGCUCGGAUGCUGAGCGCCACCACCAUGCUGGUCCAGUGGGAGCCGCCCGAGGAACCCAACGGGCAUAUCCGUGGCUUCCGGGUGUACUACAGCUCGGAUCACAGCGCUCCACUCAGCGCCUGGCAGAAACACAACACAGACGACAGCAGCCUCACCACCAUCUCUGGCCUGACACCCGAUAUCACCUACAGCCUCAGGGUGUUGGGCUUCACCUCCGUGGGGGACGGCCCGCCGUCGGAAAUCCUUCAGGUCAAGACCCAGCAAGGAGUGCCUUCCCAGCCGUCCAGCUUUGAGGCGGAAGCGGAGCUGGACACCCGCAUCUCACUGUCAUGGUUAUGGCCCGUGCAGGACCCCAUCAUUAAGUACGAGCUGCAGUACUGGGAGAGCGGCUCGGACAACAAGAUACACGUCACCUUCGAUCCGGCGGGCUCAUACGCCGUGGACGGUCUGAAGCCCAACACGCUCUAUCGUUUCUCACUCGCCGCCCGCUCCGAAAAUGGUUUAGGCGUCUACACGCAGCCCAUCGAGGCUCGUACGGCCCAGUCCACCCCCUCCGCACCCCCCCAGGAGGUCCGCCUGUACAGCCUGAGCUCCACCAGCCUCAAGGUGAGUUGGGCAGCCCCGCCUGCCGCCAGCCGCCACGGCGCCAUUGUGCGCUACACGGUCAGCUACCAAGCGCUGUCCGGCGACGACACGGAGCGCCACGAGGCCACGGGUAUUGGCUCCGGAGCCACUGACUAUAUCUUAGAGGACCUGGAGAAGUGGACCGAGUAUCAGGUGUGGGUGAGGGCCCACACGGACGUGGGGCCGGGCCCUGAGAGCGCCCCGGUGAGGAUGAAAACCAAAGAGGAUGUGCCGGGAGCGCCCCCCAGGAAGCUGGAGGUGGAGGUGGUGAACUCCACCGCCAUCCGGGUCACCUGGAAGCCGCCCCUGCAAGGCAAGCAGCACGGCCAAAUCCGAGGUUACCAGGUCAUCUUCUCCCGCCUGGAGAACGGCGAGCCGCGUGGACAACCCGACAUGCUGGAUGUGACCUUGCCGGAGGCGCAGUGGAAUAUACAGGAGUCCACCGAGCAUGAGGCCGUUAUUAGCAGCCUGCAGUCUGAGACCACCUACUCCGUCACUGUGGCGGCAUACACCACCAAGGGAGAUGGCCCUCGCAGCAAAGCUAAAGUGUUUACCACCCCCGGGGCAGUGCCGGGCAAGCCCACCAUGAUGAUCAGCACCACCAUGGGCAACACGGCGCUCAUCCAGUGGCAGCCGCCCAAGGACGUGGCGGGGGAGCUGGUGGGCUACCACCUGCAGUACAAGCGCGUCGACGACGACGCGUACACGUCGCGCGAGCUGAGGAAGACCGACGACCACUUCACGGCCACAGGGCUGCACAAGGGCGCCACCUACGUUUUCCGUCUCAGCGCCCGAAACCGCGCCGGACUUGGCGAGCCCUACACCAAAGAGAUCAGCACCCCCGAAGACAUCCCGUCCGGAUUCCCGCUGAACCUUCAGGUCACGGGAUUGACUCAGUCCAGCACCCAGUUGACGUGGGACCCCCCGCUGCUGGCCGAAAGGAACGGCAGGAUCGUGUCCUACGUGGUGGUCUACAGGGACAUCAACAGCCAGCAGAACAGCACCAACCGCACGGGCGACACCCGCAUGACCAUUCAGGGCCUCAACCCCGACACCACCUAUGACAUCAGGGUGCAGGCCUUCACCAGCAAGGGCGGGGGGCCCCUUAGUCCCAGCAUCCAGAGCAGGACCAUGUCUAAUGAUUUCCCCACCUUGAAUUUCGGCGUCAAAGCGGUCAUGAAGACCUCGGUCCUCCUCACCUGGGACUUGCCUCCAAAUUACAAGUCCCAAGUGCCUUUUAAGAUCCUGUACAACCAGCAGAGCGUGGAGGUGCAGGGCAACCUGAAGAGGAAGCUGAUCACGCAGCUGCAGCCUGACACCGACUACUCCUUUGUGCUGACCAGCCGGGGCAACAUCGCCGGGGGUCUGCAGCAGCAGGUGUCCAUCCGCACCGCCCCCGACCUCAUCAAGACCAAGCCCGUUUACACCACCCAUCAGGCGCAGGGUGGCAAAAUGACCAUUGACCUGCCCAAAGUGCUCACCGCCACGCGUGUCAGCUGGUACUACAUCGGGGUGCUGCCCGUGUCCCAGUCGAGCCGGCGCUGGAAGAAUCCAGACGAGAUGGACUUGGAUGAGCUGGUGAAAUCGAGCAAGGGUCCCGCCCUGAGGCGGCGUCGGCGGCGCAGCCACCUGGACUCGUCCAAGCCUUACAUCGCCGCCAAGCUGCCGUCGCUGCCGCCCGCCUUCACCCUGGGCGACGAGAAGUGGUACGACGGCUUCUACAACAAGCCGCUCACCAGCCAGCAGGAGUACGUCUGCUUCGUCGUGGCCGAGCUGCGAGACGACGGCGCCGAUGGUGCAGCAAAUUAUAUGACGUAUUCGGCUAGUCCCUAUUCGGACCUGAUCCAGGUCACCACCCAGUCUCUGGCUCAGGGGCCGGAGCAAACCGAAAUGCUGUGGGUGAUGGGCCCCGUGUUUGCUGUCGUCCUCAUCAUCAGCAUCGUCAUCGCCAUCCUGCUCUUCAAGAAGAAGCGGGCAUCACCGCUGCCCAAGGACGAGCAGUCUGGCGGGGUGAAGGACUCCCUGCUGGCCAACUCCUCCGACCCCGUGGAGAUGAGACGACUCAACUACCAGACGCCAGGUCCCAGCUCUCACCACUGCCCCAACACGCCAAGAAUGCGAGAGCAUCCGCCCAUCCCCGUGGUGGACUUGGCCGACCACAUCGAGCGACUCAAGGCCAACGACGGCCUGCGCUUCUCCCAGGAGUACGAGUCCAUCGAUCCGGGCCAGCAGUUCACCUGGGAAAACUCCAACAUGGAAGUCAACAAACCAAAGAACCGCUACGCCAACGUCAUCGCCUACGACCAUUCCAGAGUGGUGCUCACCUCCAUCGACGCCGUCCCCGGCAGCGACUACCUCAACGGAAACUACAUUGAUGGCUACAGGAAGCAGAACGCCUACAUCGCCACGCAGGGCCCCCUCCCCGAGACGCUCAGCGACUUCUGGAGGAUGGUGUGGGAGCAGAGGUCCAGCACCAUCGUCAUGAUGACCAGACUGGAGGAGAAGUCCCGGGUGAAGUGUGACCAGUACUGGCCGGUGAGGGGGACCGAGACCUACGGGAUGAUCCAGGUCACCAUGCUGGACACGGUGGAGUUGGCCACUUACAGCGUGCGCACGUUUGCGCUCUACAAGAACGGCUCCAGCGAGAAGAGGGAGAUGCGGCAGUUCCAGUUCAUGGCCUGGCCCGACCACGGCGUGCCUGAGUAUCCCACCCCCAUCCUGGCCUUCCUGAGGCGCGUCAAGGCCUGCAAUCCUCCGGAUGCUGGCCCCAUGGUGGUCCAUUGCAGCGCCGGCGUGGGCAGGACGGGCUGCUUCAUCGUCAUCGACGCCAUGCUGGAGCGCAUGAAGCACGAGAAGUCGGUGGACAUCUACGGCCACGUGACGUGCAUGCGGGCCCAGCGCAACUACAUGGUGCAGACGGAGGACCAGUACAUCUUCAUCCACGAGGCCCUGCUGGAGGCGGCCACCUGCGGGAACACCGAGGUGCCGGCCCGCAACCUCUACGCUCACAUCCAGAAACUGACGCAGCCGCCGCCCGGCGAGACGGUCACCGCCAUGGAGCUGGAGUUCAAGCGCCUGGCCAACUCCAAGGCCCACACGUCUCGCUUCAUCAGUGCCAACUUGCCGUGCAACAAGUUCAAGAACCGCCUGGUCAACAUCAUGCCUUUCGAGUCCACCCGCGUCUGCCUGCAGCCCAUCCGCGGCGUGGAGGGCUCCGACUACAUCAACGCCAGCUGCAUCGACGGCUACAGACAGCAGAAGGCCUACCUGGCAACGCAGGGCCCUCUGGCCGAGACCACCGAGGACUUCUGGAGAAUGUUGUGGGAGCACAACUCCACCAUCGUGGUCAUGCUCACCAAGCUAAGAGAGAUGGGACGGGAGAAGUGUCACCAGUACUGGCCGGCUGAGCGCUCGGCCAGGUACCAGUACUUUGUGGUGGACCCCAUGGCGGAGUACAACAUGCCUCAGUACAUCCUGAGAGAGUUCAAGGUCACGGACGCCAGGGACGGCCAGUCCAGAACCAUCCGCCAAUUCCAGUUCACAGACUGGCCCGAGCAGGGAGUGCCCAAAACCGGUGAGGGCUUCAUCGACUUCAUCGGACAGGUGCACAAAACCAAGGAGCAGUUUGGACAGGACGGACCAAUCACUGUACACUGCAGUGCCGGUGUGGGUCGGACCGGAGUCUUCAUCACGCUCAGCAUCGUGCUGGAGAGGAUGCGGUACGAGGGCGUGGUCGACCUCUUCCAGACGGUCAAGACGCUCCGCACCCAGCGGCCCGCCAUGGUGCAGACCGAGGACCAGUACCAGCUGUGCUACCGGGCGGCUCUGGAGUACCUGGGGAGCUUCGACCACUAUGCAACGUAACCGCAGGCACCGCCAGCCGCCCGCUCGGUGGGACCCUCUCAGGAGCGUGCCAAGCGUCCCAUCUCAGCCACCCACCCUUUUACCCUUGAAACUAAAUCUGAAAGCACCACACCCCCUAAGAGGAGGGGAGGGGGGGCUGCUUGCAGGGCCCAGUGGACCCCCCCGGUUUGGAGCUAAUAUCACACAGAUAUUUUUUUUUUUUUUCUUCAAAGCGCUGCCGAGCGGACUUGUACAGUCGACAGUCCAUAGAACCGUUUUUUUUAAUGUCAUCCUUUAGCGUACUUUUGUUGCUUUUCAAACAUCUUUUUAACACGACUUGUGUCUUAACGUGCCCCCCCCCCCCACAACUGCUGAGGGCCUGCUGUCUUUUCUUUGAAUUGUUUUAUUCUUUUUUUUUUAAUGAUUAUUGUUGGCAUCAUCUCCAUCUUUCCUUUGGGUAUCGAGCACAGCGGAUGUGUCGUUUUCCGACAUGAUCGUAGAUUCUAAUCUCCCGGUUUGCGUUGUAGUCCGAAACACUCGGGAUUUAGUUUAAAAAGCAAAAAAAAACAAGAAAAAAAGUUGAAAAACUGCCUUUUUUCACUCAAAUAUUCCCUUGAAGACUUUGAGUACCUUGAGAGCACAAAGCUAGCAGUUAGCUAGCGGCGAGCGUGUACAGGAAGAGCAAAGCACACCACUGUUUGUGUUCAGCGACGGCAUCGAGGCCUUUCAUGCUCCACGGCGGCGAAGGGAGGGGGGGGGACUAUACUUUUGUACCCCGCCCUCAUCUCUGAAUAUCUUUCAAAGCAGCCCCGUCCAUCAGCCAUCAGCUGGCAGCGCCCCCCCACCCCGGGGGGGGGCGACCACUGCUGGCACCUGUACAGAAUCAACCAUUCCUCCCCCGACGGGGGCCGAGAGCGAGCCAGCCCAGAGACUCCGCCCCUUUUGGACUUGACACCUGAUGUUAUUUUCUACAGAAAUAGAAGUAUAAAUAUAUAUAUACAUAUAUAUAUGAUUGAUUAUAUAUAUAUGUACAAUGACACAUAGAUGUAUACGCGGCUUCUCUAUAUUGUUCCCAUGAUGACGCCGUCGUCCAGCGUAGUCAUGACAACGUAUCUACUGUCCCGCCAUCGUCGACACGGGAGGAAACGCAGCACAAAGCCCGCCCCCCCGAUAUCGCCUCAUCGCCACCGACGCCCCGCCUCCUCCCGACGCAAGCACACGCGACACCCCCCCAUCACACAAGUUGAGGCAAGGAGGAGGCAGGUGGGGGACGACGGGGGGGGUGUACAGGGGGGGUACAUUACCUGUUCAUGUUGAUCUUGUGAAUGCUUCGUGCUGUAGGGGUUCCACCUGUUGUACGCACACGUCUGUUUUCUAUUUGUUGAUAAAGAACUGGAGUUUCAAAAAGAUCCUGUUGAGAAAAAAAAAAAACCUUGAUGUUAAUAAAGAUACAUAAUUGGGGUUUUUGUACAAACUCUCCAUAUGUCUAUCAUUUUUAUCAUACUCCAUCAUCACGACCCCCCCAUCUUGUUAUUUUGGCCUGUAAAGUCCUUGAGUGGAUUUCCCCAAAGAGACCAAAACAUGUUUGAUAAAAGCUUAAAUAUAUUAUUCAUACUCAGAUUAUAAUUUAUUACAGUUAUUACAGAUACAUAUUUAGUCAAUGGAGCAACAACAAAAAUGUAGAUUAAUUCUCAACUCAUUAAAACUUAAAAGAUUAAUUCAUUAAAUUGUACACGAAAAUAUAAUUCCAAUGAUAGACUUGAACCGAUUUAAAAGGGUCCAAAGGAUACCCGCCCUUCUUGGGGUCCCAUCAAUGGGGUGAUGAGAGCACCCCAUUCUAGUGGGAGACCUCAUCGCCCAAUGUGGGCAAUGACAGUGUGACCUGGAGGGGGCGUGAUUGGAGGAACGACCUUCCCCAUCUGAACCCGUGUUACUCGACUUGUGUGCGAACCACAGUUUGACCAUAACUAAUCUAGUGUUCCAACAUGGGGGGGGGGUCCAUAAGUGCACUAGGUCUAUAAUGGACUUUGUGGUCGUAUCAUCAGACCUGCAUCCGCAUGUUCUGGUCACACGGGUGAAGAUGGAUGGCUUGUGGGACUCGAACAGUCAGCUUAAGCGGCGGUGGUCUAGGCAAAAGCUCAGGUGUGGGAGGAGUUAGGUGAGGCCAUGGAGUCAGACCUUGGGCUUGGACUUUGGGUCAACCGUGGACCUUGAAGAGGUUCUGGCAAACCGGCCAACACCUCAAAGCGGAAGCACACUUUUUACAGUGGAGACGGGGAGUGCUGACCUCCACUGUGGACGUUGAGGCCCGACUUUGAGGCCCUCCUC